AUGCUGCUGCUCAUAGGCCUUGUUAAAGGAUAUGGCAGUGUGGAGGUCAGAUGGCAGUUGAAGCUCAACGUCAAUACGAAGACCAUGUACCAAAACCACGAGGUGGAGGUGGGAUUUGAGGGUUGGAACAGUAUGUACAACUGCUAUGCCUUUUUGUACUCCAAGGAGGAGGAGGGCAAGAAGAAGUGCAUCUUAAUGGAAUGUCUACGGAUUGCUGACUUCCUUGCUAUUAAUGCGCGAGAUCUUGAGGCACAACACAAGAAACCCUGCAAUGUCCACAUAAAUGUGAAGGAUUUCUUCUCUGAAGAACAGACCAGGAAGUAUAAAGAUUUGUACAAGAAUUUUCCGGACUUCAUUAAUAUCCUGAACUUAAGCUUAUUGGCUGAAUUGAAUGGUAAGGAUGCUGCUGCCGCCCAGAAUCCUAAUGUUGAGAGCAGUUCGUCAAUAAACAGAAAUGUUACGUUCGAAAACCCAAGUACAAGGAUAACUGAACCAGCCGGGCUGAUUUAUCCUCCAGUAGUUCCGGUUGGUCAUGAUAACACCUUCCCUGUUCCUGAUGUUGGCUUCUACCCUCACAGUGGUGGGACAGGUGGUAGUAUGCACGUUGGUCCAAAUGAUCCACGUUUCUUUCCUACAAAUCCUUCUACUCCUUUUGGUGACCUUGGGAGUGUUCCGCCCGGUGGUCACUACGAUCCAAUUGGCCCGCCUGAUGUUCCAGGAUUUGAAACAUCUCGCUUUGCGAGGCAUUCGAGGCAUUCAAGUCCUUCAGGUGGAAGCACUCACCCAGACCUUGAGUUCUUCCAGCAAGGCCCAGACUUCUUCUGA